UAUGUGCUUGUACAUGCAGUCUGCCACGGGGCGUGGAGUUGGUACAAGGUGAAAACACAGUUGGAGGCUGCAGGUCACUGUGUGACCGCGGUGGAUCUAUCUGCAUCGGGUAUAAACAUGACCAGAGUGGAAGAGAUUAAGACAUUGAUGGAUUACUCCAAACCGUUGCUUGAGUUUAUGAGUUCGCUUGGCUCGGAUGACGAUAAGGUGAUUCUUGUUGCUCAUAGCAUGGGAGGAAUACCCGCUGCGGUUGCAACUGAUAUCUUCCCUUGUAAGAUUGCUGCUGUUGUUUUCUUGGCAGCUUUCAUGCCUGACACAAGAAAUCCACCUGCUUAUGUUUUCGAAAAGCUGAUCAGAAGCAUUCCACGAGAGGAAUGGUUGGAUACCGUGUUUGGAAGGUACGGUAAUCCAGAUUGUUCUCUAGAGUCUGCUCUUUUGGGACCAAAUUUUAUGGCCAAGAAAGUGUAUCAAUUGUCUCCGGUAGAAGAUCUUGAAUUGGCCAAAAUGUUGGUAAGGGUAAACCCGUUGGUUACGAACAAUCUGGCAGGGGCAAGAAGCUUUACUGAGGAAGGAUAUGGAUCGGUUACACGUAUUUAUAUCAUAUGUGGAGAGGACAAUAUAGUACCUGAGGACUACCAGCGUUGGAUGAUCAGUAACUUUCCGGUUAAAGAGGUAAUGGAGAUCAAAGAUACAGAUCAUAUGGCAAUGUUCUCUAAGCCUCAAAAAUUAUGUGCUCUUCUCUUGGAGAUUGCGGAUAAAUACGCGUAAAUAAACCUGAGAUCGUCAUUGCAAAUUAGUAAUGAACUUCAGCUUCCACCUCAACAAUAAGCCAUAUGAGAAUA